AGUUUUAAUUUGUUUAUAUAUUUUUUCAUGAGAUUUAAUUUGUUUGAAUCGAAGCAGAAAAUGGGAAGGCCUCAUGGCAGCUGCACUGAGAAGCUGCCUUCAAGAAGAGGGUUUUGGGAUGACUAUGAUCAAGAGGAUGCUGCACAGAAAUCUGUAGGGUAUGUUUCAAGAAUCAAAACAGGUAAUAACUGGACAGCCGCCAUUUCCAAGAAAACAGCUGCCUCAGGAAUGGGCGGCGGGAGAGUUGAGAGGAGUAGCAGGGCGCGGUGGAGCAAUAAUAAUCGUUCUUCUUCGCGGCAUGAUGUUGAUCAUCAUCAUCAUCAUCAUCAUCAAGAACAGGAUAACUUUAGUCCCCAGGAAGAAGAGCUUAUCAUCAAGCUUCAUGCUACCAUUGGAAGCAGGUGGACUAUAAUAGCACAGCAGCUUCCUGGGAGAACAGACAAUGAUGUGAAGAAUUUGUGGAACACGAAGCUGAAGAAGAAGCUUUCUGCAAUGGGGAUUGAUCCUGUUACGCACAAGCCCUUUUCUCAGAUUCUUGCAGACUAUGGAAACAUUGGCGGGUUCCCCACUUCAACCAGCAGGCCGCCGCAAUUUGGCACUCUCAACAGGGCUUUAAAGACUACAAUAAUCAUGUCGUCAAAAUCGCAGAAAUUAUCUGCAGAUCAACCAUCUUCGCGUGCGGCGGCGGAUUGCUGUUUCCUGCACACCACCACUAACAAAAUUAAAAGCAGCGAAGAAGACGAUUCCAAUCAGUAUAUGGAUCUCCUCUCCGAGCUGCAAGCCAUUAAAUCCAUUACAGAAUCCACCAAUUACUCCUCGGCCGCCGCCCCGGAUUCCACCAUUGUCGUCUCCCCGCCGUCCUCUCUGUCAUCGUUAACAUCCCCUUUAGCCGCCGCCGCCGCAGCUCAAGAAAAAGCAGGUUUCAGCUGGUGCGAUGAUUUUCUGCUAGAAGAUGCAUUUCUGCCCCUCAAUAAUGUCCAACAAUCUUCAGACUGGGAACCCAACCACAAUAAUAAUACAAGUCCACAAGAUAUCAUCAAGAUUUCUUCAUCUCCUUCCUCAUCAAACAGCAACCUUGAAGCUGCUUCUUCUUCAUCGUUUGUGGAAGCAAUGCUGUCGCGUGAAGACCACGACAUGUUCUUGGAUUUUCCUGGCCUCUCUGAGGAACCAUUUUACUACUGAUCUCAUCACCUGCAGGUAAUUAAAUUAAAUUAAUAUAAUGUUCAAUUUGUUCGUACAAGAAUUAUAUAUAUUGUUAGCCCAUCAUCAUAUCAUUUGUUUGUUCGUUUGUUUUGUCUCAAGGAAGGACAUGCAGCGGCAACCUUUACAUAUAUAUAUCUUUUAAUUUGUUUAAGAUUAUAUUCAUUUUAUAGCCUAUAUUCAUAUUUAAUUUGUACAACUAACAAAUGAAAUAAUGUAUGCGAGCCUAUAUAUGUACAAGAUCCAACUAUUUAUUAGA